AUGAUAGCGGUGCUCCAAUCGCCGCCGAGCUCCUUGUCCUGCAUCCCUGGCGACGGCUCCGGGCAGAGUGAGACCGCCUUAAGCUCAGACCCACCAACUGCGGGGGAUGGCCAAGGAAGGGAGGAGGCGGACUGGGCCACGAGGAGGAAGGGCUCCCAGAGGGUAGCUGGAGGAAGAAGGGGGAGGAAGAGGGAGGAAGAGGACCACCUCUCGCUGUCGUCGCUGUUGGUGGCGGUGGUGAGGAAGUCUUUGGUCGGUUGCAGGACAGAGACCGACGAGGAUCUGCGUUCCAUGGAGAUCGGGUGGCCGACCAAUGUGCAGCACGUCGCCCAUGUCACCUUCGAUCGUUUUCAUGGGUUUCUCGGGCUGCCGGUGGAAUUCGAGCCGGAGGUCCCUCGGAGGGCUCCAAGCGCCAGGUAUCAUCCCCUUCUAAGACCCCCCAAAUCCUGAAGCACACUUUUUCUUUCUCACGUUCAACCAUUUCAUCCUCAACAUCAGCAGCUAUCCCUCCCCCGGCUGUUGGUGUUCUUGCUGUCAGACUGGUUUCAGAGAAUUAGGUCUACAGUUCGUCUUCCCCCUGGUAGAUUUGUACUUGCUUUUGGGAUCAUAUGGGCUGUGAGUUAGUUUCUAUCUCCAUAGCAUCCUUCCCCCUCCCCACCUGAUUUUUUCCCCCUCAAGACAGCAACCUGGAAGAAACUGCUGGACGAUACGUCAACCCUAAGGGACGGACAUCCACUGGAGGAGGACUCAAGCGCUCCUCUCAACCCUUACGGUUCUGAUAGAAAUUGCUUGGUCUUGAUCAUUGCAAGCAAGUAUCCUAUCUCCUGCAGAUUAUUUUGAAAGUAUCAGAGGAAUGCGAUGAUGUUCUUACACUGCUGAUUAUUGUGGUCAUCUUUGUGGAUCUAACAUGAUCCAUGUAUGUUUGAGCAGUACAUUUGGCAAAUAACGUGAUGAUAGGCUUUUGCCCAUCCAGUGACAGAGUUGUCUUGCUUGCUCUCUUCCUGUCUAGUGUACACUGCCUAGUUGGAUUCAUAUGCGAUUUAUCAUCCAUCAAUAAUCUAGUGUCAGCUUAGGAAGGAAGCUUAUUCACAUGCAUCACUGAAGUGAGCCCACAAACGUUCAAAGCAUAAAGUGAGGAUUUUUUUUCUCAGAAUAUGGACCAAGGUUUGUAAAAAAAAAUAUUCUUCUGUUUAGACCAAGUAGACGGUAUACCCAUGGGAAAGCAAUCUACAACGGAUAUAUAUUCCUCCUAAGGAAUCAUGAAAAAAAUCGUUUUUUUUUCUUUGUUGCUGCCUCAGAAUAUCGACAAAGUGUACUUGGCAGCUGACAUGGUUUGUAUUUUUUUUUUUGUUUUUUUAUUUAUACUAUUUUGAGGAACAGAUUUGAAUUGCUCACAAGGAACCAGAGAUUAAAAAAAUUGUGUUUUUUUUUUUUGGUUGCCUCAGCUUAUCACUUCUUCUGAUGAUUUAUCGGAGAUCACACUGUAUUUAUAGUGCAAACCGGAAGUAUUACUGAAACUGGUCAUGUUUUGAUGGAGCUGUAACUCGGUUUCCAAUGCAGUGCGAGCGUCUUUGGGGUGUCUACCAAGUCCAUGCAAUGCUCUUACGACCCCAGGGGGAACAGUGUACCCACCAUACUACUGCUCAUGCAGAGGCGGCUGUAUGAGCAAGGCGGCCUUCAGGUCUUCUCCUCAGAUCUCGGGACAUGUUCUCUGCGUGCCUUUCUUGCACCAUGGUUGACAUCAUUUGCCCCUGUUGAUGAAAAACAUUCAGGCUGAAGGGAUAUUCAGAAUCAACGCGGAGAACAGCCAGGAGGAACAUGUCCGAGACCAACUGAACAGUGGGAUUGUCCCUGAUGGUAUUGACGUCCACUGUCUGGCUGGUCUGAUCAAGGUACCUUCUCAUCAAUGCUGCUACUUUACUUUCCAUGUGAGAUUAAGGGUGGAAUCUAAUGCUCAAAUAUAUACAUAUAUAAUGUACAUAUCUAAUAUAUGAUUCUUAAUUUUCUGAUAAUAACUAUCAUUGAGGUUCUUGGGUGAUCCCAUUAAUGGUGUAAGUAUAUCUAUUAGAUAUGUAUACAUUAUAUACAUAUAUAAUGUACACAUAACCAGUCGGAUUAUCCUUCGGAGCAAUCAGUGUCAUCGAUGAAGCCCCCUCUGAUUCUUAAUUUUCUGAUAAUAACUAUUAUUGAGGUUCUUGGGCGAUCCCAUAUUAAUGGUGUAAAUAUUUUUCGUGUCUUUCUUUUUCGUCUAUUAUGUUCUGCUGAAAUGCAUCCUACAUGCCUCAUUGGUAUGAUUCUCACUUGAAGAGUAACCUGUUUGCCCUGUUCUCAAGGCGUGGUUCAGGGAGCUGCCGACCGGCGUGCUGGACUCUCUGGCGCCGGAGCAGGUGAUGCAGUGUCAGACGGAAGAGGAAUGCGCCCACCUUGUGAAGCUCCUGCCCCCCACGGAGGCCGCGCUCUUCGACUGGGCCCUCAACCUCAUGGCCGACGUCGUCCUCGCUGAACCUCACAACAAGAUGAACGCCCGCAAUGUCGCCAUGGUCUUCGCUCCCAACAUGACCCAGGUACCCCCCCAAAACCUCUGCACCCCAAAAAUGGAAAUUUUGACCAAUUUUCUUGAAUAAUCUCCAGCAUUGAUGUUUUUUCGUGAGCUGAAUCUCGGGUUUUCGAUCCAUUUUCAUGAAAAUCGUGUUCUUCUUGUGUGGGCGAUCUCAGAUGGCGGAUCCUCUGAGCGCGCUCAUGUAUGCCGUGCAAGUGAUGAACUUCCUCAAGACCCUGAUCUUGAGGACCCUCAAGGAGCGGCGGCAGGAGCCCCUCCUGGGCCCACUACCGUCUUCUUCUUCUUCACGGCCGGAUCCCCCCGACGAGGACGGCCCCCUCCUCGACGCUGGUUCUCCCGACGAGGAGGCUGCCCCCUCGCCUGCCUUCGUCUCCGUCGAGCCCAAUUCAGAUGGCCCCGCUGGCGCCGAGAAGCCCGUCUCCAAGUUUUCGGGGCAAUUCAGCGGUGGGCGGCCGUGUGAGCCGCCGACGAGCUCCGGCAGCUCCUCCAGCGGCUGUGCAGGCGGCGGGUCCGCUUCCCGUCGGACCAGGGUGGCGGCGCAGACCGGCAAGCACCCCAGGAAAGAGACAAAGAAGAGCGGCGCUGCCGCCGGGGAGAAGUCCAGGGGGAUCAGCCUGGUUAGCCGGAUAAACUCUAGGAUGGAGCGGGUGGAGACGUGGCGUUGA